GUUUCUGUAUCAAAAUUUUCUACAUCAAACCAAUUAAGUAUAAAGGUUCUAUCAAGAAAGGAGAGAAACUGGGAACCCUGUUGCCCUUGCAGAAAGUUUAUCCUGGCAUACAGUCACACGUGCACAUUGAAAACUGUGACUUGAGUGAUCCUUCUGCAUACCUGUGA